AUGAAUGAGAACAACUAUGAGCCUGGACUUUACUGCCUUCUCAAGAACAAGGGAUCGCCCGACGUUGCUCGUAUGGUGGUGAUUUGGUUUGUGAAUUCAUUCGGAUUUGCUUUCUUCCUUGGAGAGGAUCGCCUAACGAGCAAUGUGCUCGGCUUGGCCAACAGCACCUUGGGUGCCAGUUUCAGGAUCAAGCUUGCCAAUCCCAGAUUUCGCAAUGUCGCUACCAGCCAAACUGGAUCUGGGGGUCGACCUCUUCGACGACGACGACCAAAAAAAUAUUUUUCGGGCUAG